GGAGCUCUGAAAGUCAUUUUUGUGCGACUGAUGUUUUUAUUUCCGGUCUAUGGGACCAGGCUGGGAUUUACUGCGGCUCGCAGUCGCUACCGGCACUUCCGCCGCCAUCAUGUCAGAUACCGAUAGCGAUGAAGAGUCGACUGGAGGCGGUCCAUUUUCUUUAACUGGUUUCCUUUUUGGCAACAUCAAUGGAGCCGGGCAGCUGGAGGGGGAAAACGUCUUGGAUGAUGAGUGUAAGAAGCACUUGGCGGGCUUGGGGGCUUUGGGUCUGGGCAGCCUGAUCACUGAACUCACGGCAAAUGAAGAAUUGACUGGGACUGAUGGUGCCCUGGUGAAUGAUGAAGGUUGGAUUAAGAGUACCGAAGAUGCUGUGGACUAUUCAGAUAUCAAUGAGGUAGCAGAAGAUGAAAGCCGAAGAUAUCAGCAGACAAUGGGGAGCUUGCAGCCCCUUUGCCACUCAGAUUAUGAUGAAGAUGACUAUGAUGCUGAUUGUGAAGACAUUGAUUGCAAGUUGAUGCCGCCGCCCCCCCCACCUCCAGUACCAAUAAAGAAGGAUAAGGACCAGGAUGCUAUUGCUGGUGAGAAAGUGGACUUCAGUAGUUCCUCUGACUCAGAAUCUGAGAUGGGACCUCAGGAAACAACACAGGCAGAAUCUGAGGAUGGAAAGCUGACCCUACCAUUGGCUGGGAUUAUGCAGCAUGAUGCCACCAAGCUGUUGCCAAGUGUCACAGAACUAUUCCCAGAAUUUCGGCCUGGCAAGGUGUUACGCUUUCUACGUCUUUUUGGACCAGGGAAGAAUGUCCCAUCUGUUUGGCGGAGUGCUCGGAAAAAAAGGAAAAAGAAGCACCGUGAACUCAUACAGGAAGAGCAGAUCCAGGAGGUGGACUGCUCAGUAGAAUCAGAAGUCAACCAGAAAUCUUUGUGGAACUAUGACUAUGCUCCGCCACCACCUCCAGAGCAGUGUCUCUCUGAUGAUGAAAUCACAAUGAUGGCACCAGUGGAGUCCAAGUUUUCCCAAUCAACUGGAGAUAUAGAUAAAGUGACAGAUACCAAACCAAGAGUGGCUGAAUGGCGUUAUGGGCCUGCCCGACUGUGGUACGAUAUGCUAGGUGUCCCUGAAGAUGGUAGUGGUUUUGACUAUGGCUUCAAACUGAGAAAGACAGAACACGAACCUGUGAUAAAAUGUAGAAUGAUGGAGGACUUCAGGAAGCUUGAGGAAAGCAGUGGCACUGAUCUUCUGGCUGACGAAAACUUCCUGAUGGUGACACAGCUACAUUGGGAAGAUGAUAUCAUUUGGGAUGGGGAGGAUGUCAAACAUAAAGGGACAAAACCUCAGCGUGCAAGCCUGGCAGGCUGGCUUCCUUCCAGUAUGACUAGGAAUGCCAUGGCUUACAAUGUUCAGCAAGGUUUUGCAGCCACCCUGGAUGAUGACAAACCUUGGUACUCCAUUUUUCCCAUUGACAAUGAGGAGCUGGUGUAUGGACGUUGGGAAGACAAUAUCAUUUGGGAUGCUCAGUCCAUGCCUCGGCUAUUGGAGCCUCCUGUUUUGACACUUGAUCCCAAUGAUGAGAACCUCAUUUUGGAAAUUCCUGAUGAGAAGGAAGAGGCUACCUCUAACUCUCCCUCCAAGGAGAGUAAAAAGGAAUCAUCACUGAAGAAGAGUCGAAUUCUCUUAGGAAAAACGGGAGUCAUUAAGGAGGAACCACAGCAGAACAUGUCUCAGCCAGAAGUGAAAGAUCCAUGGAAUCUCUCCAACGAUGAGUAUUACUACCCUAAGCAACAGGGUCUUCGAGGCACUUUUGGAGGGAAUAUUAUCCAGCACUCAAUUCCUGCUGUGGAAUUGCGGCAGCCCUUCUUUCCCACUCACAUGGGGCCCAUCAAACUACGGCAGUUCCAUCGGCCACCUCUGAAAAAGUAUUCCUUUGGAGCACUGUCUCAGCCAGGUCCCCACUCAGUUCAGCCCUUGUUAAAGCACAUCAAAAAGAAGGCCAAGAUGAGAGAACAAGAGAGGCAAGCUUCUGGUGGUGGAGAGAUGUUUUUUAUGCGUACACCUCAGGACCUCACAGGCAAAGAUGGAGAUCUUAUUCUUGCAGAAUACAGUGAGGAAAAUGGACCUUUAAUGAUGCAGGUUGGCAUGGCAACCAAAAUAAAAAACUACUAUAAGCGGAAACCUGGAAAGGAUCCUGGAGCCCCAGAUUGCAAAUAUGGGGAAACUGUUUACUGCCAUACAUCUCCUUUCCUGGGUUCUCUCCAUCCUGGCCAGUUACUGCAGGCAUUUGAGAACAACCUUUUUCGUGCCCCAAUUUAUCUUCAUAAGAUGCCAGAAACUGACUUCCUGAUCAUUCGAACAAGACAGGGUUACUAUAUUCGGGAAUUGGUGGAUAUUUUUGUGGUUGGCCAGCAGUGCCCCUUGUUUGAAGUUCCUGGGCCCAAUUCCAAGAGAGCCAAUACACAUAUUCGAGACUUUCUACAGGUUUUUAUUUACCGCCUCUUCUGGAAGAGUAAAGAUCGGCCACGGCGGAUUCGAAUGGAAGAUAUAAAAAAAGCCUUUCCAUCCCAUUCAGAAAGCAGCAUCCGGAAGAGGCUAAAGCUCUGCGCUGACUUCAAACGCACAGGGAUGGACUCAAACUGGUGGGUGUUGAAGUCUGAUUUCCGUUUACCAACUGAAGAGGAGAUCAGAGCUAUGGUGUCCCCAGAGCAGUGCUGUGCUUAUUAUAGCAUGAUAGCUGCAGAACAGCGACUGAAGGAUGCUGGCUAUGGUGAGAAGUCCUUUUUUGCCCCAGAAGAAGAAAAUGAGGAAGAUUUCCAGAUGAAGAUUGAUGAUGAGGUUCGCACUGCUCCUUGGAACACCACAAGGGCUUUCAUUGCUGCCAUGAAGGGCAAGUGUCUCCUGGAGGUGACUGGGGUGGCAGAUCCCACAGGGUGUGGUGAAGGAUUCUCCUAUGUGAAGAUUCCAAACAAACCAACACAGCAGAAGGAUGAUAAGGAACCUCAGCCAGUAAAGAAGACAGUGACAGGAACAGAUGCAGACCUCCGUCGCCUUUCUCUGAAAAAUGCCAAGCAACUUCUACGUAAAUUUGGUGUUCCUGAGGAAGAGAUUAAAAAAUUGUCCCGCUGGGAAGUAAUCGAUGUGGUACGCACGAUGUCAACAGAGCAGGCCCGCUCUGGAGAGGGGCCCAUGAGUAAAUUUGCCCGAGGAUCAAGGUUUUCUGUGGCUGAGCAUCAAGAGCGUUACAAAGAGGAAUGUCAGCGCAUCUUUGACCUACAGAACAAGGUUUUGUCAUCAACUGAAGUCUUAUCAACUGACACAGACAGCAGCUCAGCUGAAGACAGUGACUUUGAAGAAAUGGGAAAGAACAUUGAGAACAUGUUGCAGAACAAGAAAACCAGCUCUCAGCUGUCACGUGAACGGGAGGAACAGGAGCGGAAGGAACUUCAGCGGAUGUUACUGGCAGCAGGCUCAGCAGCAUCAGGAAACAAUCACAGAGAUGAUGACACAGCUUCUGUGACUAGUCUUAACUCUUCUGCCACUGGCCGCUGUCUUAAGAUUUAUCGGACAUUUCGAGAUGAGGAGGGGAAAGAGUAUGUUCGCUGUGAGACUGUCCGAAAGCCAGCUGUCAUCGAUGCCUAUGUGCGCAUACGGACCACAAAAGAUGAAGAAUUCAUUCGAAAAUUUGCCCUUUUUGAUGAACAGCAUCGAGAAGAGAUGCGAAAAGAACGACGGAGGAUACAAGAACAAUUGAGACGGCUUAAGCGGAACCAGGAAAAGGAGAAGCUCAAGGGUCCUCCUGAGAAGAAGCCCAAAAAAAUGAAAGAACGUCCUGAUCUAAAGUUGAAAUGUGGGGCAUGUGGUGCCAUUGGGCACAUGAGGACAAACAAAUUCUGUCCCCUUUAUUAUCAAACAAAUGCUCCACCUUCCAACCCUGUUGCCAUGACAGAAGAGCAGGAGGAGGAGUUGGAAAAGACAGUCAUUCAUAAUGAUAAUGAAGAACUCAUCAAGGUUGAAGGGACCAAGAUUGUCUUGGGGAAACAGCUAAUUGAAAGUGCAGAUGAGGUUCGCAGAAAAUCUCUGGUUCUCAAGUUCCCUAAACAGCAACUUCCUCCCAAGAAGAAACGGCGAGUUGGAACCACUGUUCACUGUGACUAUUUAAAUAGACCUCAUAAGUCUAUACACCGACGCCGGACAGACCCCAUGGUAACACUGUCAUCCAUCUUGGAGUCUAUCAUCAAUGACAUGAGAGAUCUACCAAAUACUUACCCUUUCCACACCCCAGUCAAUGCAAAGGUUGUAAAGGACUACUACAAAAUCAUAACUCGACCAAUGGACCUACAAACACUCCGUGAAAAUGUGCGUAAACGCCUCUACCCAUCUCGAGAGGAGUUUAGAGAGCAUUUGGAGCUAAUUGUGAAAAAUAGUGCAACCUACAAUGGACCAAAGCAUUCAUUGACUCAGAUAUCUCAAUCCAUGCUGGAUCUCUGUGAUGAAAAACUAAAAGAGAAAGAAGACAAAUUGGCUCGUUUAGAGAAAGCUAUCAAUCCCUUGCUGGAUGAUGAUGACCAAGUGGCAUUUUCUUUCAUUCUGGACAACAUUGUCACCCAGAAAAUGAUGGCAGUUCCAGAUUCUUGGCCAUUUCAUCACCCAGUCAAUAAGAAAUUUGUUCCAGAUUAUUACAAAGUGAUUGUCAACCCAAUGGAUUUAGAGACUAUACGUAAGAACAUCUCCAAGCACAAGUAUCAGAGUCGGGACAGCUUUCUAGAUGAUGUAAACCUUAUUCUGGCCAACAGUGUUAAGUACAAUGGACCUGAGAGUCAGUAUACUAAGACUGCUCAGGAGAUUGUGAACAUUUGUUACCAAACAUUGACUGAGUAUGAUGAGCAUUUGACGCAACUUGAGAAGGAUAUUUGUACAGCUAAAGAAGCAGCUUUGGAGGAAGCAGAAUUAGAAAGCCUAGACCCAAUGACCCCAGGGCCCUACACACCUCAGCCUCCUGAUUUGUAUGAUACCAACACAUCCCUCAGUAUGUCUCGAGAUGCCUCUGUAUUUCAAGAUGAAAGCAAUAUGUCUGUCCUAGAUAUUCCUACUACUGCACCAGAGAAGCAGGUAACACAGGAAGGUGAAGAUGGAGAUGGUGAUCUUGCAGAUGAGGAAGGAACUGUGCAACAGCCUCAAGCCAGUGUACUGUACGAGGAUUUGCUUAUGUCUGAAGGAGAAGAUGAUGAAGAAGAUGGAGGGAGUGAUGAAGAAGGAGAUAAUCCUUUUUCUGCUAUCCAGCUGAGUGAAAGUGGAAGUGACUCUGAUGUGGGAUCCAGUGGAAUUAGACCCAAACAGCCCCGUAUGCUUCAGGAGAACACAAGGAUGGGCAUGGAAAAUGAAGAAAGCAUGAUGUCCUAUGAGGGAGACGGUGGGGAGGCUUCCCAUGGUUUGGAGGAUAGCAACAUCAGUUAUGGGAGCUAUGAGGAGCCUGAUCCCAAGUCGAACACCCAAGACACAAGCUUCAGCAGCAUCGGUGGGUAUGAGGUAUCAGAGGAGGAAGAAGAUGAGGAGGAAGAGCAGCGCUCUGGGCCGAGUGUACUAAGCCAGGUCCACCUGUCAGAGGACGAGGAGGACAGUGAGGAUUUCCACUCCAUUGCUGGGGAAAGUGACUUGGACUCUGAUGAAUGAGGCUUCCUUUGGGCCUCCUUGGUCAGCCUUCCCUGUUCUCUAGCCUAGGUGGUUCACCUUUCCCUAAUUUGUUCAUAUAUGUACAGUGUCUGAUCUUGAAAUCACCAGAUUAACUAACACCAUAGCCUUUAAGAAAAUAGUAAGUAAAUAAUAAUCAACCACCUCUCCUGAUCUUCCUGGGACAGUGUCACCCUUUGAUUUAAAACAAAGCAACCCCCUCCCCCACUACCAAACAAAAGAGAGAG